AUGACUAACAACAAAUAUUCUGUCAUAUUACCAACUUAUAAUGAAAAGAGAAACUUGCCAAUUUUAAUCUAUUUAUUGAACAAAACAUUCACUGCUAAUAAAUUAGAUUGGGAAGUUAUUAUUGUUGAUGAUAAUUCACCAGAUGGUACCCAAGAAGUUGCCAAAAAAUUGAUUGAUAUUUUUGGAUCUGAACAUAUUCAAUUAAGACCAAGAGCAGGUAAAUUAGGUUUAGGUACUGCCUAUGUUCAUGGAUUACAAUUUGUUACUGGUAAUUUUGUUAUAAUUAUGGAUGCUGAUUUCAGUCAUCAUCCAGAAGCUAUACCUGAAUUUAUUGCUAAACAAAAAACUGAAGAUUUUGAUAUUGUUACUGGUACAAGAUAUGCUGGUGAUGGUGGUGUUUAUGGUUGGGAUUUUAAAAGAAAAUUGAUUUCUAGAGGUGCCAACUUUUUAGCUAGUGUUGUUUUAAGACCAAAUGUUAGUGAUUUGACUGGUUCUUUCAGAUUAUAUAAAACUGAAGUUUUAAGAAAAAUUAUUGAUGUUACUCAAUCUAAAGGUUAUGUUUUCCAAAUGGAAAUGAUGGUUAGAGCUAAAGCCAUGGGCUUCACUGUUGGAGAAGUACCAAUUAGUUUUGUUGAUAGAUUAUAUGGUGAAUCCAAAUUAGGUGGUGAUGAAAUUGUUCAAUAUGGUAAAGGUGUAUGGACUUUAUUUACUAGUGUAUAG